GACACAUUGUCAAGUGUCACUGUCAAACCUUACAGGUUCUAUUUGUUUCGUUAUAAUUGUUUGAUUUGAUUUAACUGUGAUGUUAAGUGUAAACAUAAGUCUCAUUUAGAUGCUAGAUUUUAUCAUUGAGUUGUCUCUUGUAAAGUAAUAUUUUAUGCAAGUGGUCUGCAGGGAGAAAUAUAUACAUUUGUGUGAUUUAGUGUGAAUUUAUUCGUGGUGUGAACCAUGUCAGCAUUAAUAGCUUCCAUCAGAUGUGCUGCGAAAGUAAUAACGUCGUUGGGGACUGGAAAAUGUACUUAUAUUUGUAUUUGUAUAUUUAUAUGUGCAGGAGGUUUCUUGCAGCCUUGUAGUACAUUAGGCUUACAAGAUACACAGCAAUCAAGACAAUUCAGCAGUAAGAAAGAAUUUCAGAGCAUAAUGGUGGAUCCCAAGAGAGUGGUGAGCUAUGAAGAUAUGCUUAAAGUGAUCCAUCAACCUGAAAAGGUUAUCAUUGAUGUUAGGAAUAUGGAUGAAAUUAAGGCAACAGGAAAGAUACCUUCGAGCAUAAAUAUUCCAUUGGGCCAGGUACAAAAUGUAUUGACAUCAAUGUCUGAAGAUGAAUUCAAAAAGAAUUUCCAACGAAGCAAGCCAACAUCGUCUGAUGAGUUGAUCUUCUACUGUCAGUCGGGGAGACGGUCCUCUGAAGCCCUUGAUAAAGCUUUAAAACUUGGAUAUUCCAAUUCAAAAACAUAUCUAGGCAGCUGGAAUGACUGGUCUAGCAGACAGCAGUAAUUCUAUUGCUAUGAUUACUAAAGCAUAAUAUGAUUUAAUAAGAUUAAAUAUGGUGCUGGGGUUUAUUAUGAAUUAUUCAUGUAACCAAUAUAAAAUACAUUAUUAAAAUAUCAA